GUUGAGCAGGUUCAACCCGCAGACUGUCAGCUAAAACCUUGUUUACUCUCUCAGCCAAUGGCCGCGUCCAUUUCGCGGUUGUGUUUUCCUUUGAAUCGACGCUGUUGUUGAAAAGCCUACAACAUGUCUGCGGUUGUCUUUUCGCGGGAACCGAAAAACGAGGAAGCGGCACAGACCUCCCAUCCUCGGCGUAUUUCCGGGAAACAUAAAAAAAGCUCUUCGCGAGGUGCGAGUGAUUCAUCUUGGCAGUAGACGAUCUUCGGCAGCACAAAUUCUGUUUCCUGUCUUGUUUCCACGGCAACACAUAACAACAACAACACUACCUAUACCCGAACCUGGAGACGGCCAGGAGACGACGCUGUGAUCGUAUCGGUGUGUUUUGUGGGGAGAUAAAGCGCAUUUCAUCUCUAAGAGGAGGCAUUCUUCCAUCCGAGUGACAAUGAGUCAACGACACAUCAUUCAAGUUUUUGAGCAGUAUCAGAAAUCAAGGAUGCAGUUUGUGCAAACUGUCGCUGAUUUAGCAUCCAGACCCCAAAACAUAGAGAUGCUUCAAAAUGCUGGUGUAAUGUCCAUGCUGCGCCCCCUGAUGUUGGAUGUGGUCCCCAGCAUCCAGCAGACGGCAGCUCUGGCUCUUGGCCGCCUGGCAGACCACAGCGAUGACCUGGCCGAGGCCGUGGUGAAGGAAGACAUCCUGCCCCAGCUGGUCCACUCUCUGGCCUCGCAGAAUAGGUUCUAUAAAAAGGCAGCAGCGUUUGUGCUGCGUGCGGUUGCCAAACACUCCCCCGAGCUGUCCCAGGCCGUGGUGGCCUGCGGGGGAGUUGACGCUCUGGUCCUCUGCCUGGAGGAGUUUGACCCCGGGGUGAAGGAGGCAGCCGCCUGGGCUCUAGGCUUCAUCGCACGACACAACGCAUUGUUGUCUCAGUCGGUUGUGGAUGCGGGUGCUGUUCCCCUGCUGGUGUUGUGUCUGUUGGAACCUGAGAUGGCCCUGAAACGCAUCGCAGCUUCCACCCUCAGCGACAUCUCCAAACACACACCAGAGCUGGCCCAGACUGUGGUGGACUGUGGUGCCAUCGCACAUCUGGCACAGAUGAUCCUCAAUCCAGACGCCAAACUCAAGAGACAGGUGUUCUCAGCCCUCAGUCAGAUCAGUAAGCACUCGGUCAGCCUGGCAGAGAUGGUGAUAGAGGCCGAGAUCUUCCCUGCAGCAGUGGCCUGCCUCAGAGAUCCAGAUGAGUAUGUCCGGAAGAAUGUCACCACCCUGAUGAGGGAGGUGGUGAAACACACACCAGAGCUGUCCCAGGUGAUCGUGAAUUGUGGUGGCAUGGCCGCAGUGAUCGACUAUCUGGGCAAUUGCCGUGGAAACCUGCGGUUGCCGGCCAUCAUGAUGCUGGGAUAUGUGGCAGCUCACAGUGAGAACCUAGCCAUGGCGGUCAUUCUCUCCAAGGGGGUGCCCCAGCUGGCCCUGUGUCUGUCCGAGGAGUCUGAACAUCACAUCAAGGCGGCCACAGCCUGGUCUAUUGGCCAGAUAGGUCACCACACCCCUGAGCACGCCAAGGCAGUGGCCACAGCUCACCUGCUGCCCAAACUGCUGGAACUGUACAUGGAUGCCAACAGCUCAGAGGACCUGCAGGCCAAAAGUAAGAAGGCUCUGAAGAGUGUCCUGCAGAAGUGCACCUACCUGCCAGGUCUGGAGCCCCUCCUCUACGAUGUUCCAAGCAACAUCCUCAAACAUGUAGUCUGCCAGUUCAGCAAGGUUCUACCUCAUGAUAGCAAGGCUCGCCGUCUGUUUGUGACCAGCGGGGGGCUGAAGAAACUGCAAGAGAUCGAGGCUGAGCCGGGUUCCCUUCUUCAGGAGCACAUCAACGCUAUCAACAGCUGUUUCCCUGAAGAGAUAGUCAGGUACUACUCGCCUGGCUACUCGGAGGUCUUGCUGGAGCGGUUGGAGAACUACCAGCCGGCCUGACAUCAGCUCACACAUCCUGCUGAAAUGUUAACAUGAGGAUGUACCGUGCAUGUGCCUUCACAGUAAACUGAAGCUGUUUAAACCAGAAAAAAGUUUUCCAUUUUCUAUAUCGUGUUAUAUACAUUGUAUUCUGUAUUAGGACCAUAUAUUCCAAUAGUAUCACUAUAUGCUGUGUAAGAGACCCUAAAGAUAAAAUAAAGAUAGAAUAAACUAUU